AUGGGUGGAACUUUUGGCUGUAUUGGCGAGCCUUUAGCGCCGAUGCCUGAUGCUGAGUUUAUUCCACAACUCAAAAAGGUCUUAGCACCUCAGUUUAAAAUUGAGUGCUUUAAGGCGCCCAGUAUCAAAGACAGUAGUGCAUGUACAGCCAUUGACUGGCUUAUGCUGAUUCAACAAAUACAAAGCCUACAACUCCAAAAUUUCCAACACUUUGUCAUUAUUCAUGGUACAGAUACGCUCAGUUAUGCUGCGGCGACCUUAUCACGCUUUUUAGCUGAGUCCUGUCAUGUCGUCCUUACUGGAAGCCAAUAUCCACUGCUCAAUAUUCAAGGGGACAAUACUCGAGAAUUCACCGAUGCGCUGGAUAAUUUAAAUACCGCACUCGAUGCCGUCACUCGACUUCCUGUAGGCGUGUAUUUGGCUUUCUACCAUCAAGUGAUUCAUGCAAGAACCACAUUAAAAGCCCAUAGCACUGCUUUAGAUGCGUUUAAAGGACUCAAAGCCGAACAACAAAUAGCGGUAGAUCAUUCCGUCAUUCAGGUACAACUUUCACAUAUCGAAAAAGCCAAAUCGCUCAAUAUCGUCAAUUGGAUGAUGGUGCCGACUGAAAUAUUACAGUUUGAACGUUGGCAAACUCAACAGCCUGGCGUACGUAGUAUUCAGGAAACCAUGGAAAAUGUGCUCAGUAAAAUUGCCGACGAGCCUAUUAUUUUACAUGGUGCAGGUCGUACUGACGCGGGUGUCCACGCGACUAAUAUGGUGGCCCACUUCGAUACCAAUGCGAUUCGCCCUAUACGUGGUUGGUUAAUGGGUUCAAAUAGUCAAUUGCCCAAAGACAUUUCAAUCCAAUGGAUUAAAGAAAUGGAUAACGAUUUCCAUGCACGCUUUAAGGCAAAGGCUCGUCGUUAUCGUUAUGUGGUCUAUCAAUCAGCAAACCGCCCUGCCUUGUUACAUAAACAAGUAACACAUGCCUAUUAUCCACUCGAUGUGGAUAAAAUGAUUGAAGCGGCGCAAAAAUUUCAAGGCACGCAUAAUUUUGAAAGCUUCCGCGCUGCUGCAUGUCAGUCCAAUCAGCCUGUACGUCAUGUCAAACAUUGUCGCUUAAUUCGUCAUGGCAACUAUCUAGUUCUCGAUAUUCAGGCAGAUGGCUUCUUACACCACAUGGUACGUAACAUCAUGGGCUGCUUACUUGAGAUUGGCCAAGUUUCUUGGCUAAGCGACAACGAUAAUCAGAAAGAAUUUGCUGAAAACUGGUAUUGGCUUCCGAAAGCUGUGUACGUAAACGACGUGGGGACAACCAUAAACACGAUAAUACUCACCAUCAGAAGCGCCAUUGGCAAAAUUAAAAUCGAUGUAAAUCGGUUCAAAUCGUCCUUCAGUGAUAAAUUUAAAGAAGCGCUGCUCACCAUUGGUUAA